AUGGCUGACGCCGCGCUACAAGCCAGCGGCGACAACCUGCCCAGGAAAAGAAUUCUGGCGGCUUGUGAGGCUUGCCGCGAUAACAAGAUUCGAUGUCGACCAAGCGACAAGCCUGGCGUCUGCCGCAACUUCGAGGAGGGAUCGGCUGUUGAGGCAAAUCCUCAACUUUCUGCUGGACCGUCUAAAAGCUUCACCAUUGAUUUCAACAUACCUUUGAAGGUAGAAGUGGACAAAAAUAUCGAGUCUCUGCGUGACGCCCACGCCAACUUUUUCGACAAUCUCGUCCCUCCUGUAGACGGCUCCGGCCCAUCUCAGCCCGACAACGCUGUGCAUAGCCUGGACUCUACUCCCGAAUCAACAACAGACACUUACCACCACUCGGACUUCCAGGCGAAGCCUUCCUUUAACCUUGCCUCUGCUGAAUCCCUUCUAGCCUCGUUUCACUCAAUGCUGAGUCACUUUCCCUGCAUUAGGCUGGAUCCUGAUGCAUCCGUCUCCCUCCUCGCAGCAUCAAGGCCUUUUGUCUUGCUGGCUAUCCUCGCUGCAGCGUCUGGGUCGCGGAGUAUACAGGGCAAUAGCCUGUAUGAUGAAGAGUUCAGGAGAAUUCUCGGGCUGAAGUUUGUUGCCUGUGGAGAAAGAUCGUUGGAAAUCCUCCAGGGCAUCUUGAUUUACUGCGCCUGGUAUCCGUUCCAUAUCCGACCGAGAAACAAACAGCCGUUCCGCUAUCUUUGCAUGGCAACGGAAGUUAUCCAUGACAUGGGGCUGGACCGCGAGACACAAGCUGGACUGUACCAUCACGGCGCACCAGUGACUACAGAACAGCUCGACAGAAUCCGUUCGUAUCUGGGCUGUUUCUACCUCGCCUCUACGAUUCCACGGGAGUGGCAAAGUCGCGGCCAGGCUCCCCGAGUAUUCUCCAAGUGGACGGAAGAUUGCUGCAAGAUGCUUGAAUGCAGCGGUGCUGAGAACGAUGCUGUGCUGGCAUCCCUUGUGCGACUAUCCAGUACGGGUGCUGAAGCGCUUCGCACAAUCAACGAUGGCGGCGAUCAGACGCAUCAGCAGAGUCAGCUCAUUUUGCUGGGUCUUAAAGCGCAGCUUCAUAAUAUAGAGUCAUGCAUACCUCCGCACAUUGCUUCCACCCCCGUCAUCUAUAUGCAGAGCUUGUUUGUACAUUUGUGCCUUCAAGCUGGCGCUCUCUUUAGGUUGACUCGCCUCCCUCUACACCUAACCAAAGGACGGCCGCCACUGCCCCCGGAAAGUUCUCAGCUGUACACCAGCGUAGACACCGUACGUCAGUUGCUUACCUAUGUUACUGGCCUUGAUGAAACAAUCAUGGCAAAGUUCUCCACUGCCGACUGGUGCAGAUUCAUCUCUAGUAUAAUCCUAGCCAUUCGCCUCACGCUCGCAACACCCGAAUGCCCCGAGUUCGAUAUCUCCUGGGCCCGCUCGCGGCUGCAGCUUGACGCAAUCUUGGAAACAAUAUGCGAGGAAAAAGGCACAAAGAUUGCAAAUCAGGCAGUCAAUGUUCUCUCCGCAAUGCGCGCUAUCCUCAGUGUUGUGAGAGACAAGUAUAACCAACGGCUUUACCUCAUGGACCAUAGACAAGAAAUUGCCCCUCGAAAGCUGAGCCUUGGCUGCCCCAUGCUAGAUGGGAGCAUGGAUGCACAGCUGGAGCUUUGGCAGUCGACAAUGGAUAGCAGCUUGUCUGCGGUUGACCUGCCGGCAGACUUGGCGGGUGUUUUGGGCGACGGUGGCGAUGAGAUAUUCCAGGAUCUCUGGGGAACGACGGCGGGAUGGACGUAUGGCGCAUUACCACAGUGA